AUUUAUUAGGGAAAGGCAGCAUCCAAUGAGGAAUGUGGCAGGAAGAGCGGACGGCACAGGCUAAUCAGCAGAGCUGACACUGCCAUGCUGUUGGUCAUAAAUUAGGGGACAACUGAGACCCCCACUCUCUGAGGAAUAAAAACGUCACUUAGCCAAGGCAUACAGAACAGGGUGGUGGGGAAACAGGCAGGGCACCUCCGAUGGAUGGAAUCUAUGAUUCAGAAGUCCUGGGGUGUGGGCAGGGCCCCUCUGAGGAAUCCAGCGGGCCUACUGGCAAGGGGACACGGGGCAUUUCCCCUAAGGCGAGGAACCUGGGCUGGAAACCCAGACUCAGUUAUGCCGAGUGCUUGAGGCUAGUGGGUUGGGGCGGUCUAUGACAGGGUAGGAAAUGAGUCUUUGGUACCAUGAAGGAGAUGGCUGGGUGGGAACAGCCUAAGGCUGGCAUGGUUCUUAGUGGAGGGGUGGCAAGUCCCCAUCGGGUCGGCCCAACAGUGGGCUUUGAAUCCUGCGGGUCCUGGGGGGACGGUGUGCCCCCACCCGCACCUGCAUCCAUCCGGGCUGAGGAAAUGAAUUUAUCCAGCUGACACCGCAGAAAGUCCCUCUCCUCCUCCAGGUCCUCAAUGCGCUUCUGCAACCACGAGUUCCUCUCCAGGGCCAUGUGCAGCUGGGCCUUGACGCUGUUCAUCAGGGCCAGGGUCGGGGAGCUGGCCUCUGCAGGCUCUAGGAACAACAGCAGGGGUCAUGCCCCGGGAUGAGGCAGUACCCCACCUGAGUCCAGCCCCUCGGCGCCCUUCCUCAGCUCACCCUCAAAAUGUCUCUGAGAGGGACUCAGACUGUAGAAGACCUGCGAGUCUAAGUGGGGUGCCUCUUCGAAGGGGAUGGAGAUCUCAAAGGUCUCUUCGUCCUUCACUGGAGAGAGGCCAGUGCAGGUCACCCCGGAAGCGGCCGGCCCUUCAGACCACCCCCAACCACAACUGCCCCGUGGACAGAGGGAACCAGAAUGUCGGGCCAAGGGUGAGGAAAGGGUCCCCAAGUGCCUCACUUGUCCGCCUACGGCUGCUUCGGUCAUUCAUAGCGAGGCGUCCUGCAGAGGCGGACCUCCUGUUCCUCUGGAGCUGGGAGGGAUCACCGGCCUGGAGCCAUGGUCUGAAGGAGGAAAGAACCCGGACUCCUGGACAGAGACACUGGGGUACCCAGGGCGAGGGGGGCUCGGCGAGAGGACUCGUGGUUGUGAAGGAGCUCGACCCUUAGAUUCCUGGGCCUGAAUAGGAAGGGCCCUCAUCAUGGGCCAUCUCCGGACCCAAAGCCACAAAGGGAAGGGAGAAACCACCCCUAACUUCCACGCGUGGGGUGGGGGGGUCCACCCUGCAAGCGUCCCCCUGCCCCAGCCGCCCAUUCCUCCCGCACUGGCGCGGGCGGGCUAGCAGAGCCCCUCCCCCGCAGUGGGGGCUGGGCGCGUGCGCAGUGCGGGGGAGGUCACGCGUGGGGAUGCGCCCCCGCCCUUUGUCCCACGAGUGGGAGGGGGCGGCCGAGGCGAAAGGUCCCAGAAAGGGCGACCAGCAUGGGAGUGGCGGCCGCGGGCACCAUUCCCCGCCCUCGGCGCCCAGGGCACGAGGGGCCAGGGCCCCGCUCUCACCCACCCGCGCAAGCCCUGCAGCCCCGGGACCGGCGGCGGUGGCGGCGCCCAUGCCCAGCGUUGGGGAGCGUCUGCAAAGUGUCGCGGAGAAGCGGGCGCCGCGGCAGAGGAGGGGAGUCUCGGAGUGGAGUGACGGAGCGUGCAGACACUCGCGCACUUGCGGGAUCCGGCCUGCCCGGCCGGGCGCGCCUCUUCUCGGAGCCCAGGUCCUGGUGCCUGAUGGUGGUUGCUCUGCCACUCCCCCAAGUGACCUCAUCGAGAUCCAGGUGGUAAAAGUUACAGAUACUACAUCGGUACCUGAGCCCCCAGAGCCGGGGUCUUUUCACUGUGCCCUGUGUCCCGCUGCCUUCCACCUGGUCUCAGAGCUGCUGUUCCACGAACAUGGCCACCUGGCAGGCGUGGAGGGGGUUGGGCAGGGUGGGAACCCAAGCCGUUGUCACGUGUGUGGCCACAGCUGUCCAGGUCCUGCUAGCCUGCGUGCCCACUACAGCUUGCAUACGGGAGAGCGGCCUUACCGCUGCCCACUCUGCCCACGGGCGUUUAAGGCCUUGGCACCUCUGCUCCGGCACCAACACCGACACGGGGUGGAGCCAGGCACCUCACGGAAGCUUCCACCCACAGCAUCAACUGGACGGCCAGACCCAAGGGUGGCCGCGGCAGCUGCAGGGGCCGCGGUAGGCAAGCCUUUCGCCUGCAGGUUCUGUUCCAAGCCCUUCCGCCGCUCCUCAGACAUGCGAGAUCACGAGCGUGUGCACACGGGGGAGCGGCCCUACCACUGCGGCAUCUGUGGCAAAGGCUUCACACAGUCCUCUGUGCUGAGCGGACACGCUCGGAUCCACACUGGCGAGCGCCCCUUCCGCUGCACGCUCUGCGACCGCACUUUCAACAACUCCUCAAACUUUCGCAAACACCAGCGCACCCACUUCCACGGGCCAGGGCCUGGGGUGGGAGAGUCUGGAGGCCAACUGAGACCGACUUCGGUGGCCCAGGAAUCAGGGAGUAAGCGUGGGACAGAGAACACUACUGAAGAAGGGCUCGGAGAGACUGUGAAGGGGAAUGUGGAGGUUGACCAGUAGGCUGGGUCAUAGGAAGCAUGUCAUAGGGGAAGUAGAUGGACUAAUAGUGGCAAAAGCCAAGGAGAAAUAAUGAGCAGCUGGGAUUGGAGAACUGAGAAGCCAGCAGGUUCUGGUCUCCGAGAAACCCGCACUACACUUGAGACUCAGGAAAGAGGUACCUGCAAUUCUAUAGAUGUCCAGCUACAUGUGAAAAUACAGAGACAGCUGAGCAUGGCCCAUUCCUGUAAGCCCAGUAUUCUGGAUGGUGAGGCAGGAGGAUUGUAAGGUCCAGACCAUCCCAGGCUGCAAAGCAAGACUAUCCACUGCCACCUCCAGUCCAAUCUGGACUACCUCUGGACAAAGAGGGGUUGCCCUAAGGUGGAUAGUAUGAAAUAUUUUGCCUACCUCAACUGGAUUGCACUAGUCCUGGGAUGCCUACCCUCCCUGGGCAGAAGAUGCCCACCAGGCCAUCUCUAAAGAAAUACUGGGAUGCCUUCUCCCUCCAAACCAGAGUACUUAAACCCCAGUUGGGAAUCCAUGAUUCUCUAGGAUGUGAGCCUGCCCAUAGAGAUUACCUUUAAGCUCUGUUCACCUCUCCAUCCUACCCCAUAGUGGUAGCCUACCAGACUCUUCAGGAAGCAACUGAGAGCACACACUGCAAGCAAGCAAUCACCUGGUACCCCCUUAAGCUUUAGGUGCAGAGCCUGUGGUCUCCCAUGUCUACAAAGAAGUUUCCGAUUUCUCUAUUUUCCUCCACUGUGAGGUAAACAGCUUCCUGCUUAGUCCUGGGCAAUUCGGAGGAAGGGUUGGCUGAUGACAACCUUGGUGGACUGGUCCAGGCUGUACAGCAAGAGAAAACACUGAUGUAAGGGGCUAAAAGGACUCCGGAGCUGGAGUUUGGGGUGGGAGUGGGGACUUCCAGUCUGUUCCUAUUAAAAGACUUUCUC